UGACCAUUGAAAGUGAGAGGACUGAAGCAGACGUUUAUGCAACAUAUAAUCCUUAUGAAUUGGACAACAUGUCAGAGGCAGGAUCCGAAGCAGCUCUGUCGACCACUGACUCUGUAUCAUCUCGAAGAUUAGGUUCCUUAACAUCCAAGACAAAAGCAUUCGGCAGGCUCGAUAGCGUCAAUAACCACCACAAGACAACACUAGGAGGAGUACAAAAGAUGCGAUUUAAGCCUAUUGUACCGACUACUCGAAGAAUCAGUAAAAGUAAUUUGUCUCUCAAGUCCGACACGUCAGUUAAGGAUGAAAUCAGAUACCUCGACGUUCCUUUACAAAAAACGCACGCCAGCAGCCAUAUUCGUCGUCAAGAUGUCAUUACUCCGAAGGUGGCAGCUACUGGUCCGUUUUCGCAAGGGCCAAGUUUCAAACGAGGUGUGAAGGGAGAAGCUGAUAUUGGUCAUACCACAUCAUGGGACAUUCAUCAUGCAUUCCCUACCGAAAGCGAUUCUCAGACAAGAUCAAGGACCAUAUACGGGGACAUACAACUUCCUAUUGACCUAACGGAUAUACCAGAAUCAAACCUAAUGAAUAACAAGAGUAAUCCAUCUCAGCAGACGGAAAGACAUGGCUUAAUGGCUGUGGAGAGUGACAGUAAAGCGAAAUACGAGUCGAAAUUAGCAAAUAACUUGGGCGAAUUGGGAAACAUUAACAACGGAUCUCUAAUAUUAAUACAAAUGCCUAGUAUCCUUCCAAGUUUCAGACCCGCUGGCGAGCAAUAUCUUAUACCUCAUCCACCAAGCCCGGUUUCUGAACAGAAUGAUUCCAUUGUUGACAUUACCGAACCAGAAACAGUCUAUUUGGGUCAAUCGAAGCAAAGAUCUAAAGCAGCACUAAAGAAAGUGGACAAGGGAAAAUCAAAAGCGAAGGAGGAAAGCAAAAAGAAGGGCAAGGAGAACCGACGAACAUCCAUAAGCAGUAAAGGUACUAGCGCAGCUGAUGAUCGAAUCAGACGGAAAAUGAGCGUUACCACCCUUGCGAGUUUGAACACUGAGGGAACGGAGAGUGAGAAAAAUAUCCCACGCAGAAGGCCAGAGAUUGAUAUCUGCCAUCUACCUGACGGCCAAAUUGGUUCGCUUUUGGUCUACAAAAGUGGCAAGGUAAAGCUUCGAGUUGGUGAGACUAUGAUGGACCUUGAACCAGGAAUUCUGGCAAAUUGCUUAGAAGAUCUUGUAAUUGUCGAGCCCAACGAUAAACCCCACGCAUGCCAGUUGGGAAGUGUUCAGCACAAAUUAGUCGCCUCACCCAAUUUGGAUGAUCUACUUAAGGAUCAAGAUUAAAUACAAAGGUAGAACACAACCUCAAUUGAAGUAGCAUCGGAUAUUCUAAUAUUGGAAGUGAAGGAAUGCGAUUCGCCGUAAUAUUCGAUAGACAUAGCAUUGCUUUUGUAUAUCUCUUGAUAGCGUCCCUUCAUGUAUGUAAAUAAUAAUGAAAACAGCAGUAAAGUGUCAAUACAGUACAAUUGCC